AUUCGUUCUAGUUUCGUUUCUGACAGUUGAGCAGAGGACGCAGGAGCUUAAAGCCCCGACUCAUCUUCUAUCUUCUCUGUAAAACUACACGAAGACUUUAUUGGAAAACAGCAGACUUUACCACAGGUAGCAAUGGCAGAAAUGAGACACGGAUUGAUGGUGGCUGUCUUCGUGCUGGCGACAGCUUUCACUUUAGCUGAGGAAAAUGCUCGACGGCCUAAGCCGGUUGCCAGCUUGAUUCCUCCUGCUCCGUUUGUCACCACACCGCUGACCACCACCACUCCAAAAACAACAACUUCCCAUACCAACACAACUACUGUUCCUCCAACUCCCCACAAUACAACAGCAAACGUAACUACUGUUCCUCCAACUCCCCACAAUACAACAGCAAACGUAACUACUGUUCCUCCAACUCCCCACAAUACAACAGCAAACGUAACUACUGUUCCCCCAACUCCCCACAAUACAACAGCAAACGUAACUACUGUUCCUCCAACUCCCCACAAUACAACAGCAAACGUAACUACUGUUCCUCCAACUCCCCACAAUACAACAGCAAACGUAACUACUGUUCCUCCAACUCCCCACAAUACAACCACUCCUUAUCCUACUACACCUGCACCAACUCCAAAAACCAAUGUCACAAAGGGCAACUACACCGUGCUGGAUGGAAACAAGCUGUGCAUUAUGGUCCAGGCGGUAAUCCAGGUCCAUGUCAACAACAGUCAGGCAGCUGGCACCUAUAUUGUUCCAGAAAGUGCUAAAGGCACUGGCAAAUGUGAAAGCAAUACUGCUAGUCUCAAAAUUACUUUCACAGAGGGAUACAUCUCUAUGAACUUCUUCAAGAAUGACACCACAAACAUGGUCUCUGUCAACGCUGUGGCUGUCAACCUGAAAUAUGCCUUCAAGGCUGGAGUUUUGACACCUGUGGUGGCGAAUAAUAAUUCGGUGCAGCUUUUCACCAUGGCAACGGGUCACUCCUAUUCUUGCAAGUCUGAGUCAGUCUUCAUGGGUAAUGGUACCUACCUGGAGUUCAGUCAGGACAGGAUGCAAUCCUUCAAUUUCACCAAGAACCAGUUUGGUCCCAUUGACCUGUGCAAGGCUGACCAGCCGGAUUACAGAGUGGCCAUUGGCGUAGGUGUGGUGCUGCUCAUCCUCAUCAUCAUCGUAGUCGUGGCUUAUCUAAUCAGUAGGAGGAAGAGAACAGAUGGUUACCAGACUCUCUGAUGGGGAGAAUCCAUAAAAGGACAGCACCAUCAUCUGUGCAAGUAAAAUGUAGCAUGAUGCACUUGGAUGAUUUUAUGAAGCAGACCUUGCUUUUAGAUGUGUUCUGUUGAGGUUUGCUCUCAAAAAAAAACAAAAAAACAAACAAAAAAAAAAAAACACUGACAUUUAAUCCAAGCAUCUGCUGCUGCUCCUUUUGUAGGGCACACAAUACAACAAUUAAAGUUCUGACAUCAGAAAUGCAUAUUUUAGUAUUGAUUUCAAAAAUGAAACAAAGCUGGGUUUCACUUUCCACAUUACUGUAUGCUUUAUGCACACAUUAUACUCAUGUCAUAGCAUUUUCUUAUCUUAAUACUAUAUAUAUUCCCCCCCUUAAUUCCUGAAUACGAGUUCAAACUGUUGUCUUGCGCCAUCAUCGCUGCUCUCAAGUGUCUUAAAUCAUAUCCAUGUCCAGCUGUUUGGUCAAGAUGACACUCUAUUCAGGACAUGAUGCCUCUACUAAAAUAUCUUUGACUUAAAUCCAGUAGUUAUGAUUUCCACAGUGACAGCUGGAUCUCAUAAAUAUUCUAAUUGGCCUAUGAAAUAAUAUAACUAAUCUUUAUAUAAAACCUUUCCUCUUGCCCAGAUUAGGUUCAUCCUAGUUCAGUGACUUACCAGGUGAGAAUAUGAGAUGCAAAUGACCUCAUUAACCAGAAUAAUUGUCAGUCUCCUAAUUUCUGUAGAAAACAAGUCCAGUCUCUUCUGUUUCUAAAUCCUAUGCACUGAAAUGAGAAUUAAGGUUAUAAGGGAAUGUUUUGAUGUUUGUAUGUACAUUGCAAAUGAUGUUUGCUGUCUUGAUCAAGUCUGUUUUUCAGAAUAAUGAUUCUCUAUGUAAGGCUGUAAAUUGAACAAAAAGGAUUUUAGGGAUUUAUGGUAAUAAAAUAAACAGGUUCGAGUGGGGGGGGGGUAUUGGAGCAGAACUGAUAGCACCUUAUUUUUGAAUGUUCAACCUGGCUAUCUCUAGUUAUGUUCAAAUUUAGCUUGAGGAAAUUUGUGCUUGUACCUUGUGCAUGUACAGCUGUCUGGUUGACAGCCCAACGGUUGCUGAUGUAUCUGUUUAGCAUUAUGUCUUUUCCAAGAAUAGACAGCAGCUGGGAGAGAAUAAAGGGAAUGUUCUGUGAA